AAAAGUUACAAUAAAAAAUAAAAUUUCUCAAAUUUUUCCUGAUACAAAAGUUCAUGCAGUCUCAGUUAAUUAUGAGGAAACUCCUUCAAGCAAACCAUCUCUGAUUAAAGAUACCAUGACCUCUCAUGGAAUGGCAGCGGCCAUUCUUCACGCUUACAACCACCAUCAACAUUUAAGAUUAUCGCCUGAUGAUAUCUGGUUAACCAUCGCACAGGGAGUUAGUCGUCAUAUUAAUUAUAAUGCAGAAAAAUUUCGUCAUUAUUUUGUCAAUCAUGAAGGUCAAGAAGAGAUAAUGAUUGAUGCCGGUGAUAUUUUAUUUUUCAAUUAUUUUAGCCUUGAGGGAGAUUGGCCUGAGGCGGUAAAUAGAUUGGUCGUGAAAACUGAUGAAGCUGUAGAAAAAAUUGAUAUAAAAUCCCUUUUAGAAUGUAAUUUCUCUACCACAACAAAUAAUUCGCUUACGGCUAGUCGUAUCGUUCUUUUGGAUAUGGUUAAAGCAUAUUUUACAUGUAAAGUAUUACUCUUGUGUGGAAUUCCUAAAGUUACUCUCGAGGGUACCUUAGAAGAUUGGGAAAAGGUACAAGAAAAGGUCAUUCAAUUACGACAGUUGAAUUUAGAACUCGAUUUUUGGUUGGAUAGAUUGGAGCCUGUUAUUUGCAAGUUUAUCGAAACUUAUAAAGUCUCGCAACAACCGUUUGGUUCAGGCCCUAGUAAUGAUAUUAGUGGAUGGUUUUUGGACUUUUUUCCUUAUGGAAAGGAUGGAUCAAAGAUAAUUUACAAUUCAAUUGAACUGGAUGAUAUUCCUGAUGGAAGUGUUGCAGUCCCAUUUACAACUGAUACUGGUUUACGUUUAAAAUUUAUUGCUGGAUUUUUGGGUGCGCAACAAGAACUUCUCGAAAAUUCUAAUGAAGUGGUUGUCUCACCAAUGAUUGGUUGGUCUGUCAUUGAUGAUAAAGCUGUCAAGGAAAAAGGAGGUUGUUAUUGUUGCUAA